GGCUAUAGUAUGACUGCUCACUGGAUAAUGACACAAAUUAAAUGGCUGUGUAUGUUUGGAAUGAUCUUGGGAAGCAGAAGUGCUUUCGGUACCCCUUCCCUACUCAUGAAAGAAACUGUGACAGGAUUUCGAAGAGACUCAGUAGUCAUACCAUGUACCUAUACACCAUCAGAACAACAUGAGGAGGUUAGGAUAGAUUGGGAUUUCAAGAGUAUAUCUCUUAUAUAUAGGUUUCAGUCACAAGACCACAUACCACUUGCCAACAACCGAGACAAAGUGUCAGUGGCUAAAUCUCCCCCUGGCGAUGUUUCCUUGACAAUCAAGAAGUUAAAUGUUGAAGACAAUGGUGAAUACAAGUGCAAAGUCACCUGGAAGGAAAGCAGUGGGAAGUUUGUUACCAAGGAAGACAUUACUCACCUCAAGGUACUUAAAGGGAGACCUGCUACUGUUAAACCUGAUGUAUUAUUUGUUACUACCGAGGAAACUGAAGUUCCAACAGUGAGACCUGCCACUGUUACACCUGAUGUACUAUUUGCAACUACCAAGCAACCUGAAGUUCCAACAGUGAAACCAGUUACAACCAGACCCAGUGUCAGAAUUGUUACCCACAAAGAGGCUGAAGUUACAACAAGAACUUCACAUGUUGAAGAUGUUUCAAGUGUCAGUAAAAUCAACACAAUAGAGAACAGCAGAACCAUUACCAAGACUGGAAAAUUCAAUGCACGCACAACUGUGAUGUCCAUGUCCAUCGCAGAUGUGAUCCACAAUAAUCCAGAGAAUAGUGCUAGAACAGGCUCUGGACUUCACCUCUACUUACUGAUAAUCACUAUAUGCUGUGUUCUAUGUGUUAUAGUCCUAAUUAUUGUCCUCAUUACCAGAAAAAAUAAGCAGAAAGGGAAAUCCUUGAACUUAACAGUAACCUAUCGACAGGUGGAUAUAGAAGCUCAUCUUCCUCCUCUUCCUGGAGGUAAUUGCCAAUCCUGUGAUAAUCGAACAGAAGCUGGUAAUGAUUACCAGCCCUGGAAUCCACAGCCGAUGUCUGCAUAUGAGGGCAUUAAACCUACCUGCUCUAAUGAUUAUGAGCCGCUUUUUGCACACAGUACAGAUAUGAAAACGUUUUAAUACUGUUGCUGCUAAGGUCACUUGAAUAUCUGUUUUGUUCAUAUGUAAGGGAUUCUGUUACUGUAGGCAGACAAAUAUUGGCAAAUAGCUUGCAACUUGUUUUUUAGCCUGAUCAGUUUAGCACUUACUUAUGUAUAUCCAAAUCACAUCUGCAUUAGAUCAGCUCUAUGCUCAUCAAACUAGAAUCCCAGAAUAUUUCCUUUUUGUCAAAUCCAUAGAUUGGCUCACUAGUAGUUUUACACUUUUCCCCUUUGUGAUUCCCAAGGGCAAUCUAGAAUAAAACAUGUGGGCCAUGUGCAAAAGAUGGACAGAUUUCAAGUUGUGUAGUGUUGAGCUACACACACAACAUUAAUAUAUCAUCCAAUCAUGGUCAAUGUGUAUAGACCAAAACAAACCUGAUAAUAAUAUGCUUGAAACAAACAGGAUAAAUAGGGGACAUGUUGACCGUUACUGGUAUUUGUUAACUCAUCUUCCAAACCACAGUGAUAGACCUCAACAGCAAUACAGCUUCUCAUCGCAACUUAAUAUUAUCACUUCUCUGGUGUUUUGUUUAGUCUGUUUCUAUUACUAGCAGAUAUUGCUAUCUGUUCUGGCUUAUAAUGUGACUAAGGAGUAAAGGUUAGCAUUACUGCCUCACAGCACUGAGGUCAUGGGUUCGAUUCCCACCAUGGCUCUACCUGUGCGGAGUUUGUAUAUUCUCCCCGUACUUGCGUGGGUUUCCUCCCACAAUCCAAAAAUAUACUGGCAGGUCAAUUGGAUCCCAACAAAAAAUAACCCUAGUAUGAAUGUGUGCGUGUGUACAUGUGGUAGGGAAUAUAGAUUGUAAGCUCCACUGCGGAAUAUGUGUGCGCUAAAUAAAUUACUGGUAAUAAAUAAUAAAUAAAUGUCCUAAGUCGGCAAACAGAAAGGCAGCAAAAUCCCUGUACAUAUCGCUCCUUGAUAUAAAGCAUUUUCUCUGUCUACUACCUGCUAGUGCUAACAACAGGUUACUAUAUUCAGGGGCGAAUUUAGGAGUCAUACAGCUCCAAGACACAACAUUAUCGGUCGUACCCAUCAUGUCACUGCCCCUUUCAUGGAGGGACUUCCCGACUGCCAAAGCAGCACCAACCUCAACCCCCCUCCACCACCACAAUUUACUGAACAUUUCCCACUCCUCCCUCACCAGUUACAAAAUAAGAAAUAAGUCAUAAUGAAAAAAAAAAAAAAAUCACCUGGCUCCAGGGCUGCCA